AUGGCCCGGGCAGUUUUUGAAUACAGUCAGUGUAUUAGUAAGAUCCAAAUGCCUGACAUUUCCAUGACUAGCAAGCGAGCAUUUGCUUUUUAUGGGGGGAUUAAAGGGCUUCUUGAUCAUUCUAAAGCAGGCAGUGGAAACACGGCUCAAGACUGGAUCAUACAGCCCUUGGUCGUCAACGCUUUCCACAACCCGACCGCCAAUGAAAUCAUCUUGCCACUUGGGAUCCUUCGAGAACCCUUCUACAACCCCGGCUAUCCUAUGUAUCUGAACUACGGCAGCCUCGGUGUCGUGGUCGGCCAUGAGCUCGUCCACGGCUUCGAUAACAAUGGUAAGCGAUACGACAAACACGGGAAUGUGUCUCAGUGGUGGAGCGAGGACAUGGCCGAGCAGUUCACCGAGCGAGCGGCCUGUUUCGUCGAGCAGUACAGCCAGUACCCGAUCCAGACGGUGGGGAAAAAUACAUCUGUGACAACGCCGGGUCCUGAACGCCUGGCUGGCCUACACGCGCGUUGGAAAGAGCGGUUUGGCGAGGAACCUUACCUGCCCGGCAUGAACUACACCGUCCCGCAGGUGUUUUUCAUCACCUUCGCGCAGAUCUGGUGCGAGGUCGUGAGCAAAGAAGGAUACGAGAAGUACAGCAAGGACACCCACAGCCCUGGCGUCUACCGAGCUAACGGCGUCGCACAGAACUCCAAGUUCUUCGCUGAGACUUGGGGUUGUCCCGUAGGUUCUCCCAUGAACCCCGAGAAGAAGUGUCAUUUGUGGGUUUAGAAGAGGAGGAGAAGGAAGGGAGGAGGAGAAGAAAGACAGAGGGAGAGGGAGAGAAAGAAAAAGUGGCGCAAGACUCCAAGUUCUUCGCGGAGACUUGGGGUUGUCCCGUAGGUUCCCCCAUGAACCCCGAGAAGAAGUGUCAUUUGUGGGUUUAGAAGAGGAGGAGAAGGAGAAGGAGGAGGAGGAAGAAAGGAGAUACAGAAAGAGGGGAGAGAGAGAGAAAGAAAAAGUGUCAUUUGUGGGUUUAGAAGAGAAGGAGGAAAGGAGGGGGUUGUCCCGUAGGUUCUCCCAUGAACCCCGUGAAGAAGUGUCACUUGUGGGUUUAGAAGAGGAGGAGGAGAAGGAGGAGGAAAGGAGAUACAGAAAGAAGGGAGAGAAAAGAGGGGAUUUAUUUAUAUCAUAUGAACCCCGAGAAGAAGUGUCAC